UGGGGCAACAAGCAGAAACUCCUGUACAGCCCCGACUACCUCCCGCCACCCCCGCCUGCCUGCUUCAAGCACCCACGCCCGCGAAGCUUCUCGCUGCACGCCCAAAUGCCGCUGCUAGAUGGCGCCCACGUCAGAAGGUCGCGGAGCCAGCAGUUCCUGGAGUGCCCCGACUCCUGCCAGAACCACGUGGAGCCGCCCCUGCCCUACCGCACCCCGGCCGCCCACCCUCCGUCAGUCGGCAACCACCUCACGCCCAACCACAUUUCCCCCGCCCCCCGCGCUCCGCCUCCCGCCGCCCAUCGUCAUGCCCCCCGCCGAGCUCCCCGCGACGCCUCACCGCGUGAACUACCCCUCCUCGCCGCACCCUCAGCGCUACGCCCCCCACGCGGCGCUGGUGGACGUGGGCGGCUUCGGGGGCGAGGGCGGCUUCGAGGGCGAGGGCGGCUUCGAGUGGAGGGAGAGGGAGCGCGACGCCGAGCUGGAGAGGGAGCACCGGCGGAGGAUGGGGCGCUCCCUCACGGACCUCCAGCAGAAGGAGGCGUGCGGGGGCGGCGACCUCGACCGCAUUCCCCUCGCCAGGAGCGGGACUCUGCCCCGGUCUUUCGCCAGGCUCAGCGCCGCCCCGCCCAUCCCCACCUCUUCCUCCCCGCCUCCGACCUCCACUGCAGCGCCCAACGCGUCGACCUCGUCCUCGUCCUCCUUCGCCGCCGCCCGCGGGCACAGUAAAGACAGCGGGGGCACGCUUCCGCGGCAGCGCGUGAAGUCGCGGGAGGCGGAGGAGUUCCUGCGCGCGGCGGAGAGCGAGGGGCGCGAGCGGGCCGCCGCCGCCCUUCCGCGGGGCUUGGUGCACCGCAGCCGCAGCGGCCCCAUCCCCGUGGGGCCUCUCGAGGGCUCCGGCUGCGGCAUCGGGGCCAGCUGCUGCGGCUGCUGCUCCUGCUACUGCUGCUGCUGCUGCUGGCGCGAGGGGGGCGCCUCGGCCACGCCGCCGUGCACGUGCGCGCCGCCACCUCGGCCGCGCGUCCUGUCGCUGGCGCCGGCGACGUCGUGGGGGCCGGAGCGCUGGCGCGAGGAGCCGCACCUCCUGCCGUCGCGCGCCGCCCCCUGCCCUGCCCCCUGCCCCGCCGCCUGCCCCGCCUCUUGCGCCCUGGCACACCUCAGCGCCUCGUCGCCCAACCUGAAGUACUACCCGCCGGCGGCGCCCGCCCACCACCCGCACCCGCGCACCCUGCCCCGCCACGCCCAUUACCCCGCCCACUACUACAAGCAGCUGCCCGCACAGACGUCGAGGCCGCCCCCGCAGUACUACCUCCAGUCGUACCGACACGAGGUCGCAGCGCCCGCGUACGCCCCGCAGCACCACCCGGCUCAGGAAGGGCGAGGAAGGCGGGACGACCCUCGUCUCAACGACCCCAGGCUCAACGACCCCCGCCAUAAUGACCUCCGCCACGACCCGAGGCACAAUGACCUCCGCCACGACUCCCGGCACGGCGAUCCUAGACAUAACGACCCUCGGAAUAACGACCCCCGGAGCCACAACGACCCUCACCGCCACACGACCCCAGUUUGACCCCGCGUCGCCACCGUAACGCGUUAAUGACCCCCCCCCCCCCCCUUCCUGCAUCGCCAAGACCGCGUCUCUUCCUUCGACGAAUCACGUUUUCUUCUUCGGUGACGUCAUCUGGUCCCGACUGAAAAAACGUUUGAGUGUGUCUGUGAGCGGGUGUGUUUCCGUGUGCUCGGUCGUGCAAGAAGGUCAGAGGCUUUAAGAGAACUAUAAUAAAUUAUGAAAAAUGAUAAUCAUCGCGUGUGUUUGAAAAAUAAUUUUAAAUAUUAAGAUUGCAAAAAUACACUUCAGAAAUCGUUGAUUUGUAUUCAUGUAUAAUAACUUUCUAAGUGAAAGAAACGAACGCACAAACUUUUCACCAAAAAAUAUAAACUUUUAAGAUGAAAUUGAAAGAGGUUAGCUGGUAUUAAAGUGAUCCUAUGACAUUAACAAUAUCCGUUUUCUAUGAUUCUGCAGGGGUAAAGGACGUAUAUUUAAAUACAAAUAUAAUACUAUUAAUGUCUCAAUUAGAAAAAAAAUACCACACUUCGAAAAUAACAGUGACUUAUUUUCCAAACUCAAAAAAUAUCGUCAUUAGACUGAAUACAUUCUACACGCUCCGUAGAAUCUUAUGGAUGGAAAUGACAAUUGCUCAGUGAAUUUCAAGAACUCCAAACAACGAGCCUGUGAUUAACAGGAAAAAAAAAAUAAUAAUCUAGUGUGUAUAGAUACUUGAUGGUAAAUUUAUUAUUAUUAUUAAUG